AUGAGACAUAUAUCACUUGUAGAUAGAAUAGUGUUCAAUUGGAAAGGCAACGUGUUUAGACGUGCGAUCACUCUAGCCGAUGUUGACAAUGAUGGUGAUAAUGAACUGAUCGUUGGUAGUCUUGAAGGCAACCUCACUAUAUUCAAGGGCAUUGAUAAGCAUCCUUGGAAGGUUGCCAACAACAUUGGUUCAAUCACUUGUGUAGCAGUUGGUGACCUGUUAGAUAGUCACAGGAACUUGUUGGUAGUGAUAUCAUCAGAGGGAAUAUGUAAUAUAUAUAAUGUUGCUGCUAAUGGAGUCGAUCAAACAACAACAUCCGAACACUUGGUACCAAUGCUCUCACAGCGACUGCCACCAAACGCCUCGGCAAUACUCAUUGGCGACGUGGACAAUGAUGGAAAGAAUGAGCUGGUCAUUGGCACAUACGAUCACACGCUCUACUCAUUCAGUCUGCAGAAGCAGUCGCAGCAGCAGCAACAACAGCAGAUGAUCAUGGAGGACGGCAGCGGCGCUGGCGAUCAGAAGGAGUGGACAUUGGUUUGCAAGAACAAGUGGCAACUGCCCGGACAGAUUGGCACGCUCGUGAUGGCCAAGGAGUCGGGCGGCAACGAGAUAUUGAUCGUGGGACUGUGCGAGGGCACCAACUACAUCAUACUGGACAACAAGGGACAGCUGUACAAGGAGGAGCGAUCAUCGACCCACCCCAACAUCAUGUCAUCGUCAUACUCCCCGCCCUACAUGGCUGGCUCGCACUCGUCCGCGGGUAUGGGCAUGGGCAUGGGCAUUGGCAGCGACUUCUCCAAUUCAACUGGCGGCGCGGGCGAGAUCAUGUCCAACAACGAGACAUUCAUAUCGAUCGACCACCUGAGGAAGCGCAAGACAGACAUCAUCACCAACAUUAGCGCGCCGCUCAAUCUGCGCGCCGGCACUUGCUUGGUCAACGAGGAUGGCGUGGAGGAGCGCAUCGACGAUUCCGAUACUGCCUCCAUCAUCGCGACGGCCACGUUGGACGGCGUGCUCAAGCUGAAGCGUGUCGGCAAGGGCAUCGUGUGGAAGAUGGAGAUCGAGGAGAUGGGCAGCGGCCAGCUGGUCGCACUCUAUGCCGCGCCCCUGUCGCGUGACACCCACGGCAACGACUACAUAGUGGCAUGUGGCUGGGAUGGCUUGACCGUGGUGGUGGACAGCGAGCGCAACAUCGUCUCGUUCAAGUUUGGCGACCGCGUCUGCGCCUUUACCACUGGCAACUACACAAUGUGUCGUGGCGCCGCCAGCACGCCCUGCUUUGUUUACGUCACGUUCUUUGGCGAGAUCUACCUGUACCAUAACCUAAACAUCCAGCUCAAGCCGACGCACAGUCUGAAAUGGACGACCAAGCAGCAGAUGGACGAACUGGUGGCGCUGGCUGCCACUGGCCUGGCGGGCGGCCAGGCCCUGGGGACUGUAGACGAGUUCUACUCAACACUCCUUUCGCCACAAUUCGACAAACAGUUACUUGGACAAUAUUUAGAUCGGCUCAAACAAGAUCGUCGUCGUCGUGGUCAGUCGUCAGAAGUUGUAGACGGACAGGACAAUCUGGCGUAG